GUAGGAGUUAUAGUGGGUGUGAAAUUUAAGUCAAAUGGGGAGUAGGAUGGGAAGACACUUCAAUCAAGGCAAAACGCCAGUAUAAAGUCCAUUCUAACAUUACCGUUAACUCUGGAAAAAUUGCUUCGAUAAAGUCGCACAAUAAAUUGUAGUCGGCUUGAUGUGAGCUCCUCGCAGGCGUGGCAGGUACAGUAGCAACCACACCAGCGAUGAUGAAGAAGCAAGACGGACAAUCGUGACAGUAAGCCAAUGGGAGUGUGCAAGUUGGGACGGAGUGACCAGGCAAACAAUCAGCAGCACACCGGUUCCAUUAUUUUAAUUGCAUCGAUUGAUUUGGAAUUGGAUAAUGAAGGCGGUACUGUAGGGGUCUCCACUGAACAAAGAUGAGGUAUCAGCUUGGCCUCUGAAUGGGCUUCCUAUCCUGCCUCUUGCAUCCCAAGAGAAAGCUACUCAGCUAGGCGGCAGCUGAUCUCUCUGUAUACUGCAGCUGUCAUCUUCCAGAACUUUAAUAUAAACGGAAACAAAAAAAAAAAAAAAGCCUCAAGACUCGGUCGUAGGAGGGGGGUGCCUUGCACAAAUCAAUUUUUGGAGAGCUGUUCAUUGCUUAUUUUCAUCGAGCUGGCUAAACACAGCGGACCAUCUCUCAGUCCUCUGCCAGAGGAGAUGAGCAGUGAUGGCCCCAUUGAAGGGGUUUCCACCCCUUCUCUUUCUCCAUCCCCACACAAGGAGCGGUACUUUGAGCGAAUUAGCGAAGCUGACCCUGAAUACCUUCGCCUGCGCAACAUGGCUCCACACCUAAGACAGGACUUCAACAUGAUGGAACAGAAGAAAAGAGUAUCAGUAAUUCUGCAGAGUCCAUCUUUCAGAGAAGAGCUGGAGAGCUUGAUUCAGGAGCAAAUGAAGAAAGGGAACAAUUCUUCCAAUUUACUGGCACUUCAGCAGAUUGCGGACUUCAUGGCCUUGCAUGGUGCGCCAGCCAGCCUGCCUAUCUACUCUUCUAGUAUGACCAUGGUGACCCCCAUCAAUGAUCUACAUAGUUCUGAACCUGGAACCCUAGCCAAAGGAGAGAGGCUAAUGCGUUGCAAGUUAUCCAGUGUUUACCGACUGCUGGACCUACAUGGAUGGGUUCAGUUGACUUCUGCCUAUCUGACUCUACGAGUUAGUAAAGAACAAGACCACUUUUUGAUCAUUCCUCAAGGACUCUCUUACAGUGAGGUCACUGCUUCAAGCCUCGUUAAGGUCAAUAUUCUUGGUGAGUUGGUGGAGAAAGGCAGCACCACAUUCUCUGUGGAUACCAAUGGCUUUCACCUCCAUUCUGCCAUCUACUCAGCAAGGCCAGAUGUGCGCUGUGUUCUUCACCUACAAACACCUGCUACUGCAGCGGUAUCAUCUAUGAAGUGUGGAAUGCUACCCCUUUCCCAUGAAGCCUUGCUGAUUGGAGAUGUGGCCUAUUUUGACUACAAUGGCUCUAUGGAAGAUGAAAAUGACAGAGUGGAGCUCCAGAAGAGCUUAGGGCCCACUGCUAAGGAUAGUCUCCAACUCCUGAAUGUGACACUGAAUGGAAUAAAAUGGAAGCAGACAGUGGCUGGAUAUAAUUAUACUGCAAAAAAUCAGGAGGCCGUCAUUGGCUAUUUUAAGAAAUGGCAUUGCAAAAAGGAAAGAACCCAUGGGAUUUUAGCACUGGGCGACACUGUGGAGGAAGCGUUCUACCGUGUAUAUCACAUCCAGUCUGCUUGUGAGAUCCAGGUCUCAAGUCUCUGCAGUGUAGGAAAAAUAGAGGAUCUUAUUCUUCUGGACAGGGAGAAACAUCGCCAUCAGGCUGGCUCAGUAGGAUGGGCAGGCUCUACGUUUGGACCGAUGCAGAAGAGUCCUGGUGAACAUGAGUUUGAGGCACUUAUGAGGAUGUUAGAUAAUUUGUACUUUGGUUCUUUUAUUAUUAUUAUUAGGGAUAAUCGGACAGGAUAUGCCUACCGCCCACCUUUCAUGCAAGAAGAGAGAAAACGCCACGCAGUGAAGUGGGAAAUACCUGCUACAGUUACAGCAUUCACCUUUGAAGAUCUCCCAAUUCCCCCGGUCAGCUCUGAAGCAGCAUGCACUCGACAGCAACAAGAGAAGACUCGCUGGUUAAAUACACCUAACACAUACAUGCGUGUGAGAGUCAGAAGGCAAGCCCCCAGCACUAAAACCACAUGGCUGAAAGCAGAAGAGAUUAAGAUGACUAGUGGAUCUGCCAUUAAGAUUGAAAAUCCAAACCAGUUUGUACCCCUCUUCACAGAUCCUCGAGAGGUGUUGGAGACUAGAAACAAGAUCCGAGAACAGAAUCGUCAGGAUGUAAAGUCAGCAGGACCACAGUCACAGCUUCUGGCCAGUGUCAUUACAGAAAAGAGUCGGAGUCCGUCUGCAGACAGUGAAUUGGGAGAGUCUGGAGGAAAGAAGGAAGCUGUUGAGGAGCCAGACACAGUAACAACACCUGAACCAGAACCACCAAACCCUUUCAGCCAACUUACUGACCAGGAACUGGAGGAAUACAAGAAGGAAGUGCAAAGGAAACAACUUGGCAUAGAGGGAGAGGAGGAUCAGUCAAUGGAUGAAGGUGUUACCUCUCCUACAAAAAGUCCAUCAGCUGUGGUGUCGAAGAGCCCGAUUCCUUCACCAACAAAGUCAAAUGGAGACAAAGACUCCAAGAUGACAGAUGUUUCCACUAAACCAUUAAAAGAGCAACAGCCAGCAGUAUUUAAUGGAAAGGAAGAGGACCAGGCUGUAGAUGAAGAACUGUCCAAAGGCAUGAGACAACUUUCAACACAAAGUGAGAAUGAAAAUGAACAGACAAAGAACAAAACUGAAUCCGUAACCAGUGGCCCACUAUCCCCUGAAGGCUCUCCAUCGAAGUCUCCGUCCAAGAAAAAGAAAAAGUUCAAAGCUCCAUCAUUCCUAAAGAAGAGCAAAAAAAAAAAGGAGACAGAGUCAUGAAUUGAACAGGGACCAUUGACGGCUUUCGUCCAUAUUUGGGGUCUAUACCUAAGAGCUGUUUACACUGUAGCUAUGGGCCCUUAAAGUUCCUAAAAGUCUGAAAGAGAUACAAGCAAUUGCAUAUUUGAGAUGAUUAGUUAGGCAGCACUUCACUUAUGAGCACCCUGAAACUGGUCAUACCUUACUUUUGGGGCGGGAGGGUUUAACAUGGAAACUUGCACACUUUGAACUUAAACCAGACUAGUGAUGUCAAGAGAAAAAACAAGCUGUUGGGUGUCAUGCCUGAACCCUUGGUUUCACUUUAGCUAUCUAACCUGCUUAAAUGGCUUUGAAGAGCACUGCCAUAAACCUGUUAACAGCCACGGAGAGCACUGCACUUUUUAUAUAAAUGUGUGUUUAUAUAUAAAAUAUAAAGUGAAUAUAUAUAGACACACUAAUACACAUACCAUCCCUUGGAAUUGUGAUUCCCAGUAGGGUGACUUCUGCAUGAAGUUUUUCUUUUCUCCCUAUGUCUUUGUGGUUUUCACAAAUGUCUUUGCUUUCCCCUUCAGCCCAAAUCAUUUUUACUGGGUAGACUGGAGCCUCUAACCUGGCCUGAUGUGAGUGAAUUGGCUUUUGCUUGACUGGGGUUGACUCCCGUCUUGCACCAUUUGUUGCCGAGAGUGUGAACUGGAAAAAGUGGGUGCAGAAAACUGAUUAGUGGAUGUAAAUACCCAGAAUCACUUGCUCAAAUAUGCAUUUAAUGCAGGAUAUCCAUACUUCAUGGGGGGUGGGGGGGGGGAAGAGUGGAAUUCUAGGACCGCUAAGUGUGCAAGUGUGUGUGUGUGUGUGUGUAUAUAUAUAAUUAUAUUAUAUAUAUACACACACACACACACACUCUUGCAACUCCUUUUGUUUGUUAAAUUAUACACAAAGCUAAUUUAUUUACAGAUUUGUCCUUACAGUGUCUACAAUGUUGUCUCCUGCACCUUCACCUUUUCUUUCUUAUAAUCAUUAUAAGGACAAAUUUUGCUUAUUCAUCAGGGAAAAUAUUUCACAAAAAUCAUAGGAAAAAGCAAUUUUUUUUGUAGUAAACUUUUUAAAUAAUGUUUUGAUAUAAUUGUUAUCUUAAUGCUUAUUCUUUUGUUAGGUAUGAAUUGCUGAAACUCUCAUCAGCCUUUUUCUGUUUCACACGUAUUUUGGAAUAUAAAAUCCUUACACUUCCUCAUCCUUUUUGCAAUACAUACCAGAUGCUUAGCGUUGGAUUGUUUUUAUUCUUUUCAUACAGUGGUUUGGAAACCACCUCCCUGUUAGAUUUGUAUACUGAAUAAUGGAAUGAUGUCCAAUAUGGCCCCGCACUUCCUGAUACUGUACAAGAAGUCUUGCUUCUCUUGUAUUCUAUGUUCCUCAUCAGUUGAGAUAAGGUGUAGGGUGUUAAAAUCCCCAUAUCUAAAAAGCCUUGGGUAACAUUUACAACUACUAAGAUGUCUAAUUUUCACCAGUCAAGUACCUGUCUUCAUCUGCUGUGCACACAAAGCUUAUAUUAAUGAGGGACUUUAGCAGCUGUCCAAUGUAGACAUUCUUGAUCCUGGAAAUUAUGGGAUUGAAAUGGAUCCUACUGCUGGCUCUACAAAGGUGGAAAUGCUGGCCUUAGUUCCCAUUUGCUUUGCUAGAGUGGAUUGUGAUGCUGUAAAUGAUGUGUGUAAGUUGGAUUUUGAGGCAAGCUGAUGUGGUUAAAUAAGUAGUUUUUUUUUUUUUUUUCAUUUUUAAAGGAACAUUAACCCAAAACUGUAUAUCUCAAUGGCGUGUCUCUUCAGAAGAAGCAGACCUACUGCUUUUUGCAUUUUAGUAGAUGCCGCCAGUCAUGUGAAAAUUUGUGGAUAAGUGGGCAUGAAAGAUGGAUGGAUAUGAUGAUUUGUAUGGGAUUUGCAUUUUACCCUUUUGCUAUAAAUUGAUGCAGUUAUUACACCACAGCACUCCAUAUCUGCCGAUUGGAUCAUUUUAUAACACUGUAUAUAACUGCUGUCUUUACAUGGAGUUGGGCAGUGCACUGUCUAUCACGGUCUUCUAUGGUGUAUCAUAGAACCUGCUUGGAGGUCAUGUAAAAACAAUUUAACUAUGUAACUUUUUUUUUUCUUUCUGUAAUACUUUUUGUGGAGUGACAUUAUUGAAUUCUGUGUCUAAAUAAUAUACUCACACAGAAUGUAAUAUAGUGCUGUAUAGGGAAAUGGGUGAAAAUUUGCUUGGGCUUUGUUAAAGUGCACUAUUAACAUUAAUAAUAAUUAAUAAUCCAAAGCAACUUACCACCAGAAGGUGCAGGGAUAUAAAGGCACUGUAUUAAGUUAUUCAAUUUGCUAUCUUAAAAGACACUUGACAUUGAAUAAAACAGACAAAAUUAAUAAUCAAAUGCUACUGUGAUAUCUAACAGAAGAAAAUACAAAAGCCUGUGUUCCGGUCAGUCAUGGGAGCAGUCUGUAGUUAGUGCUACAUCUUCGACACCGCCAAGCCACACUGCCAGCUGUAAAUACAAGUAAGUUGAAAUAAAUAUGUAAUAGCUGUUAAGUAGAUAAUUAGAAAAACAAGUUGAUGCUGUGGCAAAUAUAACUGUUUCUGAAAUGAGAAUACGCCAGCAUGGUCACUUACAGCUCUGGAGGUGACAAACAUGCAUUCUUAAAACAUACACGGCUGCCGGAUUGUACACAGUUGUUCACAUGCACUUAAUUCUGGGUUCUACAUGAUUGAUCAUUUCUUGCUUUAAAUUCAUCUAAAUUCUUCUCAUACCAAUAAAUGCUAACUGAGAUGGCUCCACUUGUAUAGCCUUAUCAUUCUAACCACUCUGUUUCCUCCUUUAACUAUAUAAUUCAGUAAAUCUCCACCUAGAACUUAACUUGUUGGCUUUGUCUAUUAUUCAAUAAAAAUCAUUUUUGUUAAAGUAAGCACUGACCUUAUUCAGCCUGUUUACACUUUUUCCAUCUUCUUGGCCUCGGAGAAGUGACUUAACGUGAUGCUAUGUGCACCAGUGUGCGAUGAAGGCUGAGCAUUAAACUUAUUUUUGUCUGUAAUGAGAACUAUCAUAUAAUAAUAAACUGGAGUUUUAUUUCGAGGGGAUACUGCAGGUGUCACCCAAGCCUGUCAAAGUGUUAUUUA